AUGCGAGAGGCCGCAGAACGGCGGCAGCACCUGGAGCUGGAGCAUGAGCAGGCCCUGGCUGUCCUCCACGCCAAACAGCAGGAGAUCGACCUGCUGCAGAAGGCUCAGGUUGAAGCUAAGAAAGAACAUGAAGGUGCCCUACGGCUGCUAGAGAGCAAGGUGCGGGAGCUGGAGGAGAAAUGCCGGACGCAGAGUGAGCAGUUCCGCCUGCUGUCGCAGGACCUGGAGAGGCUCCGGGAGCACGCGGGGAAGAUCGACCUGCUGGGUGGCGGCGCUGGGGCCUCCUUGGACGUCCCCGCGUCUGGCAAGCCUUUCCUGCAGUUCAUGAACGGACUCGCCCCCUCCAUCGGCAAAGCUCAGGAGAGCGCCAUCAGAGGCCGCACCGUGGUCGGGGACUACAUCCGGCCCCUCCCGCUCGCUGGUGACAGGCUGGAGCCUCCGUCCGUCAAGCCCGCCUUUCUGUCGAGAUCCGCCAGCCCAAGAUGCAGAUUUGAAUCAGACAUGGAUAAUGAACGGAAUUCUAAUACCUCCAAGCAGAGAUACUCGGGGAAGGUCCACUUGUGUGUCGCCCGCUACAGCUACAACCCCUUCGAUGGGCCCAAUGAGAACCCCGAGGCCGAGCUGCCCCUCACGGCGGGGAAGUACCUCUACAUCUAUGGGGACAUGGACGAGGAUGGCUUCUACGAAGGUGAGCUCCUGGACGGGCAGAGGGGUCUGGUCCCCUCCAACUUUGUGGAUUUUGUCCAGGACAGCGAGUCACGACUAGCAAGUACGCUGGGGAACGAACAGGACCAGAAUCUCAUCAACCAUGCCGGCAUCGGCUUGGAGGGGGAGAACAUUCUGGACCUCCAUGCCCCCACUCACAUAGACGCUGGCAUCACGGACAAUGGUGAGGGGACAUUGGGCGUGAACAUUGACGAGAUCGGAGAAGACAUCGUGCCUUACCCUAGAAAAAUCACCCUCAUCAAGCAACUCGCCCGAAGUGUCAUUGUGGCCUGGGAGCCCCCGGCUGUACCGCCGGGCUGGGGGACCGUGAGCAGCUACAACGUGCUGGUGGACCAGGAGACGCGCCUGAGCCUCAUGCUGGGGAGCAGAACCAAGGCCCUCAUCGAGAAGCUCAACACGGCGGCCUGCACCUACCGGAUCUCCGUGCAGUGCAUCACCAGCCGGGGCAGCUCGGACGAGCUGCAGUGCACACUGCUGGUGGGCAAGGACGUGGUGGUGGCCCCCUCCCACCUGAGGGUGGACAACAUCACCCAGAUCUCCGCCCAGCUCUCCUGGCUGCCCACCAACAGCAACUAUAGCCACGUCAUCUUCCUCAACGAGGAGGAGCUGGACGUCGUCAGGGCCGCCAGGUACAAGUACCAGUUCUUCAACCUCAGGCCCAACAUGGCCUACAAGGUGAAGGUCCUGGCCAAGCCUCACCAGAUGCCGUGGCAGCUGCCCCUGGAGCAACGGGAGAAGAAAGAGGCCUUCGUGGAAUUCUCCACGUUGCCCGCAGGCCCUCCGGCGCCCCCCCAAGAUGUCACCGUCCACGCCGGGGCCACCCCAGCCACCGUCCAGGUCUCCUGGAAGCCGCCCGCCCUGACGACCGCCGGGCUGUCCAACGGGGCCAACGUGUCUGGCUACGGCGUGUAUGCAAAAGGGCAGAGGGUGGCUGAGGUCACCUCCCCCAUGGCGGACAGCAUAGCCGUGGAGCUGGUGCGGCUGCGGAGCCUGGAAGCCAAGGGCGUGACCGUGCGGACCCUCUCUGCGCAGGGCGAGUCCACGGACUCCGCCCCUGCUGCCAUCCCCCCCGACCUCCUGGUGCCUCCAACCCCCCACCUGAGAACUCCCACACCGAAGCCCUUAGCAAGUGCCGGAGCCCCCGAUACCAAAGAUGAACACCUGGGUCCCCACGUCGCCAUGGACGGGGCCUGGGAGCAGAGUGGGGCCCUGGCCCCAGCCCACGGGCACAUGCUGGAGCCGCCCAGCCUGCAGGGCUCGGGCCUGGGGAGGCGGUCCCCCUCGCCCAGCCGGAUCCUCCCACAGCCACAGGGCACCCCGGUUUCCACGUCCGUCGCCAAGGCCAUGGCCCGGGAAGCCGCGCAGAGAGUGGCCGAGAGCAGCAGGUUAGAGAAAAGGAGCAUCUUCCUGGAGAGGGGCGGCGGGCAGUACACAAACUCAGAUGAGGAGGACAGCUACGACUCCCCAGACAUCAAGAGGAGAGGCGCCUCGGUGGACGACUUUCUGAAAGGCUCAGAGCUCGGCAAGCAGCCGCACUCCUGCCACGGAGACGAGUACCACACAGAGAGCAGCCGCGGCUCUGACCUCUCGGACAUCAUGGAGGAGGACGAGGAGGAGCUCUACUCUGAGAUGCAGCUGGAGGACGGGGGCAGGAGGAGGCCCAGUGGCACAUCCCACAACACCCUCAAGGAGUGCUCUCAGAGUAGCAGCACCGAGGGGGCCUUCCUGGAGCGGCCUGAGCACCCCCACCAGACCCAGCAUAGUUCGAGGCUGUUCAGUAUCCCUGAAGUAGCCGAGGAGGGAGAGCACCUCGAGCUCUUGCACAAACAGGGCUUAGGGUACUGGGCCCGGGCCCGGGCCCGCGGUGGGGACGAGGCCCCGCAGGCCUCCUGGCUCCCAGCUGAGCCCCGGGGCCUGGCGGUCGGCCCCCGUGUGGAAGACUUCGCUCUGCAGGACAGAGGCUGUCGGUCCGGCCGCACGGCCAGCAGGAGCCCGGACAGUGGCCUGGACUGUGGGAGUGAGGAGGAGCUGUGUUUCAGCUUCAGGAGCACGACCAGGUGCAGCCCGGGCCCCGGGCACUGUCCCUGUAGGAGAAGCCUGCGGCCGCUGCUGGCCCGGCGGCGGACACUGACCCGGCAGAGCAGCAUCGAGGAGGACUUUGGGGAGCAAGUGGACCCCAGCGACGUCCUCAGGAGCCAUGACGCCCACCCGAGCCCAGAGAGAUCCGCCCCCAGGAAGUAUGACUGGGAGGAGCCCCCAGGGCACCAAGGCCCGCGGGAUGUCUGGAAGAAAAGCAUAAACAUGCCCGACAGUAGGGCCACUGUCCCAGAGGCUCCGCCCCGGGUGGCAGAAGGCCCUGUGAUUUUAGGAAACCCGGUGUCUGCAGGACGGGCUGACAGGGUGGAUCACGUGGGCCGAAGGUUCUCCCAUGGCAGUGCUGGUCCUCAGCGGUCCCGGCCAGUGAUGGUCCCAUCCAUCGACGAGUACAGUGAGCGGGACCGCCUUUCUCCAGACUUCUACGAAGAGUCAGAGACCGACCCAGGUGCCGAAGAGCUCCCAGCCCGGAUCUUUGUGGCGCUUUUUGACUAUGACCCCCUCACCAUGUCCCCGAAUCCGGAUGCUGCCGAAGAAGAGCUUCCUUUUAAGGAAGGACAGAUCAUCAAGGUCUAUGGUGACAAAGACGCGGACGGCUUCUACCGUGGGGAGACCUGCGCCCGGCUCGGCCUGAUUCCUUGUAACAUGGUCUCAGAAAUCCAGGCCGACGACGAGGAAAUGAUGGACCAGCUUCUGAGGCAAGGCUUCCUUCCUCUGAACACGCCCGUGGAGAAAAUAGAGAGAAGCAGAAGAAGCAGCAGGCACCCGGGGGCGACGCGGAGGGUGGUGGCCCUGUACGAUUACGACCCGCGAGAAAGCUCACCUAACAUCGACGUGGAGGCAGAGCUGACGUUCUGCACUGGAGACAUCAUUACCGUUUUCGGUGAGAUCGAUGAAGAUGGAUUUUAUUAUGGGGAACUGAACGGGCAGAAAGGCCUUGUACCUUCAAACUUCCUGGAAGAAGUGCCUGAUGACGUGGAAGUCUAUCUCUCUGACGCACCUGGCCACUACCCCCGAGAUGCGCCAACGCGCUCCAAGGCAAAACGGGUUCCUCCCGAGGGUUCAGGUACAGCAAGGAGAGCGCCAUCCCCCACAGCCCAUCUCCAUUCGGGGUCACCUCCGUCAUCUAUGGGUACUGGUAGUCCUGGGAGAGGCAGGGAAAUGUCCUCGAAAAAGAAAAAGGGGCUGCUUUCCAAAGGCAAGAAACUGCUGAAAAAGCUGGGUGCAGUGAAAUGA